AUGAUGGUUGUGAGGGAACAAACACCGUCAAUAGUCCCGAUCCAGGUUUUUGUGCCGGCAUCCCAAACAACCCCUGAGACAGAUUUCGAACCAACCCCUAUGCUACGGAUUGAAGGGACUACAGAAAACACUCCUGAAUCCCCCAAGCAACUUCAACAAACCACACCCACGCUUCCCCCAGCUCCAACUAAAAUUCAUCCAGCCGCAGAAGACGCUGCUGCCCUGUUGAUGAUGGCACGGACAGCAACCUAUGUUCCUAAAACAGAUUCAGGGAUGCCAUCAUUCAGCCUUGGACUGACUGAUUCAAGCCAGGAGGGGGCGUCAACGCAGGAGACAGAAAGGGAAAAAUCUCCAGAAACUACAAGUAUGCUAGAACAAUUAGACACUUUGGUCCAAAAAUUAGCAAGCAAUGCGGCGAAGGGAACAAACGAAAGUCCACAAAUUCAGAGGGAGACUGGGGGAGAAAGUUCUGCAAAGUUUGAAACUCCAGGGGGAAUAAAUCAAAUUACAGAUGAUAUGAAACAAAAGUGCUAUAUCUGGGGGACGAGACUGAAGGAAGACGCAAAUGGCAAUACUGACGAGUAUGAGGAGAUUUGCAAUCUGAUUGGCAAAGGAGAAUACAUUUUGAUCAGAUCGCACCUUGCAUCCCUCCAGGCAAAAAGUGAUAUAGAAUCUCAGAUUGUAUCUGCCAUCUGCCUCAUCCUAAACCAGAAAAAUGAAAAGAGGUUUCAGGAACAAAUAUACUGUCUCCCCCCCGAUAUUGUGAGCAUGGCACUUUCGGAUCACCCAAAGGGGGAAUUCAUAUCCCCGAAAACGGAAAAGGAAUUCAGGGUGGAAGCCUACCCGAGUUUCAUUCACUUCAUAGAUAGAAAAAAAUUAAGUUCGCAUCCAUAUAUUUUUGCUCCUGUUUGCCACUCGGGACAUUGGUGGUUAUGGCUAAUAAAUACAACAAAGCGGAAAUGUCAAAUACUUGACCCGCUAUACAAAAAAGCUCCAAGCGAUGAGAGAAAGGAAAUUAAUAAAUUCACUGUGUAUUACUGA